AUGUCCUUUUUCUACUUAUCUCUCUUGGUCAGUAUUUCGAAGGAAACGGAAUAUCAGGGUGAUAACAUAGGAGAAAAAAAACUUUUUAUCAGUCUGCCGACGCAGCACGAGAAGACGGACAAACUUGAUUGCUCGGGAGUUUAUCGCAUCAAAUGCGGCAACUGUGAGCAGAAAUAUAUCGGUGAAGCAGGAAGAAAAAUCGGCCUACGAAUCAAGGAACAUGGAUACGAAAAGAUCGGAAAUAUAGGAACACAUUGCACAAACGGGGCACGAAAUCGACUGGAAAUCGAUCGAAAGGUUUCCCUCCAAAGGUCCUGUUCAGCUCGUCAGUCUCCUCUAACACGUUCCCGUUCGUCUUCGUCGUUUUCCGCAUCCGUAUCUCCUUCGUCGUCAUCUUCAGUCUCUCCUAUUGCAAACGCGAGAUCCUCUUGUACUAUAUCUAACAGACUAGAUCUAGCCACGCCUGCAGCAUUAUCAGAUUUCCAAGCGGAAAAAGCCAAGUUUCUUGCCUGGCUGCCUCAGCAGUUGGCCAACCUCGCCCCUCCUGUCUCUAGUAUUCCACUUUACGAGGUAUUCUAUGGCCCCAUAUCAGCUGCAAGACCGGAUAGCAACCCAUCCAUACAACCUGAUUCUAUAUGCCUCCCCAAUACCAACCCCGAGAGAAUAGACCUAGUCCAUUCAACGAAGGAGGAGAAAGGUGUCUAUGAAAUUAAUGUGGAUGAAAAGAAGAAAGCAGAUGAUCUAGCAGAUCAAAAUACAGGUUCUGACAAAAGUGCAAGUAGCCUGUGCCAUGGGCUAGGUCGCUCGACUCCUGGUAGACUGAGGUUAAGGCCGAGCAAAAUAGUGGUCAAACCAAAUGAAAAACUGGCAACACAAGCUUCACUACCUUCUUCAACAACGAUACCCCCAGUAAAGGCUGCCGCACUUUCCACAAUAUCAUACCCACCUCUCUGGUUGCGCAGGCUCAAUCCUUCGAUUUCUACGAGCCUGCACAUGGCUCUGGUAGAUCCGGGUUCUUAUCUUAAUGUAGGUCUACUCUUUACUGAAAGUUGCCCCUAA